AUGCCACCGCUACCGCGGCUCGACGGCCGGGCCUCGCCCACCACCAAGACGCCCUUGUCCCGCAUGGCGCGGCUCUUCCGGAAGGGCACCUCCGCCGUGGUGCAAGACGACGCCCACUACCAGCGCUGUGAUGACCUUCAGGAAGAGGAGAAGCUGAUUCUCAGACGGUUCUGGAUCCUUCUGGUUGCCACUGCCGCCGGUACCUCGAUCCUCUCGAGCUCCCUGUCCUUCUCCAUCGACCGCUUCACCUACGCCGCGGGGCUGCUGCGCUCCGCGCUGACCCUGGGCGCCCCGCGCGGCACCGAGACCCACAGACUGCCACAGACUUCCGAGAGGCUCAAAGCGCUGGGCUUCAACAUCGGAAUGGCCUGCCUCGCCCGCAUCAUCGUUCGACCUACAGUGGAGGCCGAGGGAAGCGGCUUCCCGGAGAUGAAGGCGAUGCUAUUUGGGAAGGUGCUCUUCAACUUCUUGACCUUUCGUGUGCUGGUGUCCAAGGCACUGGCGCUCUCGUUGGGAGUGGGUGCUGGCCUCCCGCUCGGAAAGGAGGGUCCCAACGUUCACAUGGCUGCCUGCAUCGCGCGCAUCAUCCACCCCUCCUUCUUCGAGACCGAAUUUGCCGUAAGAGAAGGGAAUUUAAUAGGGGAGAAGGGAAGAAGGGAAGAAGGGAAGAAGGGAAGAAGGGAAGAAGGGAAGAAGGGAAGAAGGGAAGAAGGGAAGAAGGGAAGAAGGGAAAAGAAAGAAGGGGAAGAAGGAGAAGGGAAGAAGGGAAGGGGAAGGAAGGAAGAAUGGAAGAAGGGGAGAGGGAAGAAGGGAAAGAAGGAAGGGGAGAAGGGAGAAGGGGAGGAAAGGGGAGAAGGGGAGAGGGGAGAAGGGGAGAAGGGGAGAAAGGGGAACGAGGGAGAAGGGGAGACGGGGGAGCGGGGAGAAGGGGAGGAGGGGAGGCUAUGUUACGGCUUUUUCCACAUCGUCAUCAACCGCUUUGAAAGGAAGCGCGUGCAAAGCUCACAUGGUGCCCACGGCGCCGGCGGCAGUGGCGUGGGCUCCGCGGUCUCCAAGUUGCUGCUGGCUGCCUGCGCCGUCGGUGUUGGAGCCUCUUUCUCUGCGCCGAUCGGAGGAGUGAUCUUCUCCUUGGAGCUAAUGUUGCCGCAGACCUAUGAUGCCUUCGCCUAUUGGGGGUGCUUUACUGCCGGCAUCGUGGGUGCCAUCACCUAUGCCGUGGAGAGGACCUGGACAACUGGGGGUGACAGCCUGCUUCCGCUGAUCAGUUCGAAUGUGCUGCCCGGCGAGGGUUCAGACACUGACUUCCCUCUGCUUCGUCUGGCUGUGGACAUUCUACUAGGCGUCCGAUCGCACUCCUACGUCGUCCAGCUCCAAGCCGGUGUGUUGAAGCGCUGGCGCUUGCGCGAGGGAGAGCCGCUGAAGGCCGAAGGGCAGAAGGAGCCGCUACUGGGUGCACGGCGCUCAGAGAGCCGCCCGGGCUGCCUGAAGCGCUGCUUUCUGCGGAUGCUGGGCGGCAAGUGGAGGGACUUGGCGCUGGUGGCCGUCGUUACAGCUGUGAACACGGUCCUGGCAUCGUCCCUGCCAUUGCUGGGUGGCAAGCCGCAGCCACUCUUGAUUUCCACUAUCUUCGACAAGAACUUGCUGGAGAAGGACCCAGAUUCUUGGGUAUUGCCAUGGGCAGGGGUGGCCGGAACCAUAGCACUGUGUGUCAAGCUUAGUUGCUUGGGUGACUUGGGUGUUUCCUGCUUCUUCAACUCCAGCUUCCUGAUGAAAUGGUUCAUGACCAUCCUGGUAGUCGCGCCGACCAUGAUUAUCGGCGGCCUGCUCGGUCGAGUGUACGCCCACGUUCUCCUGCCAGACUGGUUUAUCGACCUCCUCCUCAGUAAGGGAGGUGUUCCCCCCUCGGAGCUCGAGCGGGGCGCCUUUUUCGCCCGCUGCGGCAUUGUGGGGGCCUCGGCCUUCUGCGCGGCCGUCUGCCGGGCCUUCGCCAUGGCCAUCACCGUCUUCGAGGUUCUCGCGUUGCCGAACUCGGUGUUGCCACUUUGCAGCUCUGCGCUGACCGCCAUCUUCGUCGCGAACAAGGUGUCCCUGCCCUUCUUCGAUGCCAACCUGGCAACGCGAAACCUCGGGGGCAUUCCUGCCAUCACCUUCACGGACAAAGCCAUCGAGCCGGUGAUGAAAGUGAUGAGCGUGUCGGACAUGAGCGAGUGUUUACCUCAGAUGAUUACAAUGCGCCACCUGCUGCACGUGUUAACCAGCACCAAGCACGAUUUCUUCCCCAUCGUCCGGCCUUUGGCCUGGGACGUCUCUGACAAGGGCCUCUUGGAAGGGACCAUGACCCGGAAGAACGUCCAGCGGCUGCUGAAGAUGCUGGAUCCCAAGGGUGAGACGCCCGACCGGGAGAUCGAUCUCAUGGACCCACAGUUCCAAGCACCCCCAGACGGCAGCGAGGCGUUGGUGGAGGGCUCGCCUGUCCGCGUUUCGCCCGACUGUACCGUCAAGGAUGUUUAUCUGCUGAUGAAGGUGGCCCCGUGCCAAGCGUGGUUGCAUCAUGCCUUCAUACCGUGUGGACAUGCAAUGACAUGCCCACUCUCAGACGCUCACGCUCACAACACGUAUUCGCAGUCGAGUCUCGUAAAAACGGGUUAUGGACAGGGCCGCACUUCUUGCCUCACAUCUGCUCGCCCGCGAGGCCUGAACGACACGAGGCGAACCCCUCUUUUUCAACCCAAGUUGCGCAGGAAACCCGCCAUUGACCAGAAAAGUUCCUUAAUUGUAAACACUUGCGCGCGCCGCCGGGCCGGCCCCAGGGGGGUGCGAAAAAACAUCAACAACCUUCAACCCAUUAAGUCGACAAGUCUCACAUUCGUAGCAGGAGAGCCCGAUUCUAUCAUUCGUGCAUUUUGGAGUGCCCUCAGGCGGGACCCCCCCCCGCAGCAUCGGUUUGCACCUCCUCCAAGCAAGGGGGGGGGGGGUCCCACAGGGCGGGGGGAGGGGGGGGGAGGGUGCGUCACAAAAUUUUCAUGGGAAGGGUUGGGUUAG